CGUUAUGAUAGCUAGCUAACUAGCUGAAAUGCUUAUCUGUCAUCUAAUGUUUGAUUUCCAGUUACUCUAAUGUUUAUUUCGUUUGUCGCCUUAAUGUUUACCGAUGUUUUUUUCUGAUUUCCUAUUCCUGUGACGUCCGUCAUAUUGAAAAUGUUUGCUUUGCUCUCAUUCAGUAUUGCGGAACAGGUAUUCUGUUUUAGUAGUCUGUACUGUAUGAAUUAAACAGGAUUUCCUGCAUUUUAGGUUGUCAUGUUACUGCGUUGUUUUAAAUGCAUUUAAUUGCUGUGACUUAAUGGGUUAAUUGAAUAGGUGUUGCACAAUAAAGCUGAACACUUAACAUCACGAUGAUUGUUCAAGAUAUAUGCUUGUUUACUUUUCAAAAGUAGAAUAGUCUGCAUGUCAUCAGUGAAUACAGUUAAAGGAACAGUAUCACAGGUUUUCAGAGGGCACAGUUUGUUUGAUGCCCAACGCUCCACAAUGGAGCUCUCAGACUCAGUCACACACAAAAACGGGCGGCAGAGGAAGGUUAUUGCCACCCAGGAAAACAUGAGAGACGCAGACAGUGUACGCAAUACAACUCUGGAGGUGGAGGAGGGGGAGGCGCUAAUCCAGGGAUCGGACAACGAGGACAAUGGACACCCCAAGGUCGUGCAUGGGAUAAAGGGGGAGCUGGGAAACGUGGCCCUGCUUCUCUUCCUGUAUGUCCUCCAGGGCAUCCCUCUUGGCCUGGCGGGAAGCAUCCCUCUCAUCCUCCAGGGCAAGAAUGUCAGUUACACGGACCAGGCCUUCUUUAGCUUCGUCUUCUGGCCCUUUAGUCUCAAACUGCUGUGGGCCCCACUGGUGGAUGCGCUGUACCUGACCCGGUUCGGACGCAGGAAGUCGUGGCUUGUGCCAACGCAAUACCUUUUGGGUAUUUUCAUGCUGUACCUCUCAGUGACCGUGGAUAUACUGCUGAAAAGCGAAGGAGGGAGGGGCCCGGAUGUGGUCACGCUGACAGCGGUGUUCUUCAUGUUGUCUUUUCUGGCUGCCACACAGGAUAUUGCGGUGGAUGGCUGGGCGCUGACCAUGCUUUCUCGGGAGAACGUAGGAUACGCAUCCACCUGUAACUCUGUGGGGCAGACGGCUGGCUACUUCCUUGGUAACGUGCUGUUCCUUGCCCUGGAGUCAGCUGAUUUCUGCAACAAGUACAUCCGAGCAGAGCCUAAAGCGACCGGGCUAGUUACACUGUCAGAAUUCCUGUUCUUCUGGGGUGUGGUGUUCCUGGUGUCAACCACGCUGGUGGCUGUCAUGAAGAAGGAGACUGCCCGGGGGCAACACGGCAAGAGGAAGGUCCGGGAGGAGACGCAGAGUGUCAUGGAGACGUACAAACUGCUCGUGUCCAUUAUCAAGAUGCCUGCAGUCUUCACCUUCUGUAGCAUGUUGCUCACCGCUAAGAUAGGGUUCUCAGCGGCUGACGCGGUGACCGGCCUAAAGCUGGUUGAGGCAGGUGUUCCAAAAGAGCAGCUGGCAUUGCUGGCAGUUCCCAUGGUGCCUCUGCAGAUACUACUGCCACUAAUCAUCAGUAAAUACACCGCCGGGCCACGCCCUCUGGAUGUCUUCUACAAGGCCUUUCCCUUCAGGUUGUUGAUAGGUUUGGGGUAUGCUCUGUUGGUGUGGUGGACCCCCAGUUUAAAGGAAGAAGGGGGAUUCCCUGUCUACUACUAUGGCAUAGUACUGUUCAGUUACGCACUGCAUCAGGUGGCGCUGUACAGCAUGUAUGUAGCCCUGAUGGCGUUCAAUGCCAAAGUGAGCGACCCGGUGAUUGGCGGGACCUACAUGACCCUGUUGAACACGGUCACCAACCUGGGGGGUAACUGGCCCUCCACCCUGGCCCUGUGGCUGGUCGACCCGCUCACCUCUACGGAGUGCCAGGGAGCUGCCGGGCAGAGCUGCAAGUCGCCAGUGGAGGCUGGGCUGUGUGUUAAGGAGGGCGGUACGUGCGUGACGACAUUGGAUGGCUAUUAUGUGGAGUCGGUGGUGUGUGUGGUGAUAGGACUGGGGUGGUGGUUGUGGUUAGGAAAGAGAAUGAAAAGGUUGCAAGACCAGAGCCCAGCUGCAUGGAAGUGCAGGAUCGCCCAAUGACAACGAUCAGCCCGGUUACUGUCUGGCAGGACUGUCCAAUGACAAUGCACCACCCCCCAACUACCAACCAGCACAAUCCCCAUCCUCACUUCAAAAAGCUUCUCGACAGGCUGCUACAGUCUGAUGGAAAAAGCUUCUGUCAGCUCAACCUCUGAGUUUGAAAACUCAGUGGAAAUUGUUUGUUCUUCUCACUCACUUUUCAGUUACUGUUGGUUUGUCUUACUCUGACUGUCUUUCUUGUAUCUGUCCCUCUCUUUGUCUUCCUCUGUUCUGCCUUUCUUGGGCGGAUAUAUCAUUUGGUAGCCUUUCUCUCUUUGAAUUACAGUUAUUGUGCACAGGCCAGCACAAGACUGUGGAACACAUGGUCCCUACCCACUCUCUCUCUGAGAGCAGAGGGAUAAAUAUCACAUUAUCACCAUGGCUUCUGUCUCUGCCGCUCCAACAAUGUCCUGUCAGAAAACAAAAGGAGGAACUUUUCGUCUUGCUAGGAAUAUUUACUGUAGACAUUUACUCAACAAAAUAGCUGCUUUGCCUUGUCAUUCUGCAUUCCCCGCUAGUUGAACAAUUCAACUUUUACUUAGUUUAUUCGUGCCUUGCUUUGUUCUUGAAAGACUGACAGUCGUCUGACAUCUCAAAUAGCAUCGGCCAUAUCCUAUGGUUUAAGCCAAGGCCUGGUUGAUUAUUUGUUCAGAUUUGGGUCGAUUACACAGGUUCUGUUUUUACACAGGCAGCACAAGCUCUGAAAGAGAUCUGAUCAAUAACAAGAUCAAGAAAAAAAUGUGUCUGCCUGAGUGACAUAGCCAUACUCAGAAAUCAUAGCUCGACAGUAAACCAAACUCCCUUUGAAAUUCUUAAACGUGACGGACUUGUUUCGCAGACACAGAUUAAGCCUAGUCCUGGACAACAACAAAAAUCAAGCUUAAUGGAGCAUCUACACUGAAAUAUAAUUGUAUGUCCAAGACAAGGCUUAAUCAGUCUAUCUACCUAUAUUAAAGAUUGUAUGUAACAUGAUUUCUCUUAAAACAGCAGUAUUUUCUCUAAAUCAGCAAGGGGGGAUUGGGGUGGUGGGAAAAAUAUUGACAGCAAAUGAGCAAGACCCAGAUAUGGGACUGUAAUGCUUCUUUGGAUCAUGUGUUUAGAAAAACUUAUGUUUUGUGUCUAUUUGUUGAUUUUCUUUAUUUUAAUUGGUUUUGGAGUUCUGUACUGUCUCAUCAGGCUGCACUUAAUCAUUUGCAUUGAUCCGUGGCUGGUAAAUUGACAGUUCAGACUCUAAUUUCCUGCAUAAUUUCAGCCCCUAAGUACAGGUCAAAACCAGAUGCGACAUGGCUCAUUAAUGGUAAAAGUCAGGGUAUUGUGUGUAAUAAGCUGGUUCUAAGCCAGGUAGUUCUUUGGGGAAGAUGAUAUACGCACUGAGUUUCCAACCCAAGGCAAAGCCGUCUUACUGUAACAGAUUUUUAGCCUUGAGCAUAUUUUUACUUUCGGUUAAUUUUUACAACUUGUUGUGGUGAUGCUGCUGUUUGUACUGGACAGGGCCUUUUAUGCUAAGGUGCCAGUACCUUUACAGUUGUUGUUGUUGUACCAAUUCAAGUCUACCAGCAUUCACUUGCAUAUGAAUAUGUUUAUUUAUUAAUGAUUUGAGUUACCAAAUAUUUCACUGAAAUGAAUGUUAUUUUUGUGGUAAUUAAGAUUUUUUUUAAUCUCAGUUUUGAUUAAUUUCAGUGUGUACUUUCCCAAGUUAAGAUUGGGGGCUAAGCUACUCAGAUUCUGUUAAACCAAUUUGUGAUAGGCAGCUGCUGUAAACAAAAAUUCCCAACACACACACACACACACACACUCACUCUUGAAAACCUGGUAUUGAAGACUUGUUUAGGGGUUUAAGUUGUCCUUGCACCUAUUUAGGGAAGUGUUAAUGUGACUCCUUUUAAAAUGUAAAAGAUCAGACAUUAGUGGCUGUACCCUAUGAAACUUACUUUUGUACCAACAUUCCCAAAAUGUAAUAUUGAAGAGAUUAACUAAAUAUACGUAAUACAAUGAA